AACUCAAAUGUGUGCUCGAGACAUUUCGUACUAGGUCGUGAUUAUGAAGGAGAAAGACAACAUCAAGAGCGGUGCCAUAUUCAGUAGUUCAACCACUUCUUGAGAUUGCGGCACCAGGCGGUCAACUGGAAGCGGAAGUGGCAAUCCCCGGUAACAACGGGAUGGAGAUAGAAGUUGUCGAAGUCCAAGUGGAAGAAGUAAUGAUGCACCUAGCUGAAGAAGAAAUGCUACCAGAGGAAGUGGUACAAGAUGACAUUGAGUAUGUGGAUUUACUUCCUGCUGACGCAGAGGCAGAAUUUGAAUUGAGGGAUGCACUUGACGGUUUACUACCAGACGUCAAUGAAGAAUUCGUACCGAUUCCUCCUGUUGUACCGAGAGCACCUGCGUCCAUGAGAGACCGUCCAGCUGGCAUUCAACACGAACUUCCAGAUCAGCAUAACAUAUUACCAUUGAAUGUUGUCUGCCCAGUGCAUUUUUUAAGCUAGUAAACUGGGCGACACAAAUGUCGCCCA